AUGGAGGAGGAUAAGCUCCCAUCCUCACUGCCUGAGGAAGGCGGUGCCACUUGGGACCCCAGCCUGGCACCUGAGGAGGAACCUGGGGUCCAGAAUGGAAUGGCAGCCAGUGAGGAACUGAGCAGCCGCCUCAGCAGCCCAGUGCACGAGGAGAGGGGAACCCUGGAGGAUACUGAGGAGCCCACAGAGGACCCAGAUGAGACUCUGUCUGCCAUCAGCCUGGGCCUCUCCCUCACCAAUGGCCUAACCCUGGGGCCAGAUACGAACAUUCUAGAAGAUUCAACAGAGUCCAGGCCCUGGAGGGUUGGUGAGCUGGUGGAGGGGGAGGACAUCCCCAGGAGCCUCUGUGCAGACACUGAGGACCCUCAGCUGGGGCUGGAUGGCACCGGGGAGCCAGAUGUGCGGGAUGGCUUCAGUGCCACCUUUGAGAAGAUUCUGGAGUCAGAGCUGCUGCGGGGCACCCAGUACAGCAGCCUUGACUCCCUGGACGUCCUGAGCCUCACAGAUGAGAGUGACAGCUGCGUCAGCUUCGAGGCCCCCCUCACCCCCCUCAUCCAGCAGAGGGCCCGUGACAGCCCCGAGCCAGGGGCUGGGAUGGGUGUGGGGGACAUGGGGCCUGAGGGGGACAUGGGGGCAGCUGGUGGUGAUGGGGAGCUGGGCAGCCCCCUGCGGCGCUCCAUCUCUAGCAGCCGCUCAGAGAACGUCCUGAGCCGCCUGUCUCUCACAACGGUGCCCAAUGGAUUCCAUGAAGACGGGCCCCAGGGUCCAGGCGGGGAUGAGGAGGAAGAUGAGGAGGACACAGACAAGUUGCUGAACUCAGCCAGUGAUCCUAGCCUGAAAGAUGGCCUGUCAGACUCGGACUCAGAGCUGAGCAGCUCGGAGGGGCUGGAGCCUGGCAGCACAGACCCGCUGGCCAACGGGUGCCAGGGGGUCAGCGAAGCUGCUCGCCGGCUGGCCCGCCGCCUCUACCACCUUGAGGGCUUCCAGCGCUGUGAUGUGGCCCGGCAGCUGGGCAAGAACAACGAGUUCAGCAGGCUGGUGGCUGGGGAGUACCUCAGUUUCUUCGACUUCUCAGGCCUCACUUUGGACCGAGCACUCAGAACCUUCCUGAAGGCAUUCCCACUGAUGGGGGAAACACAGGAGCGUGAGCGGGUCCUGACACACUUCUCCCGCCGGUACUGCCAGUGCAACCCUGAUGACAGUACCUCGGAAGAUGGGAUCCACACGCUCACCUGUGCUCUGAUGCUGCUCAACACGGACCUGCACGGACACAACAUUGGCAAGAAGAUGUCCUGCCAGCAAUUCAUUGCCAACUUGGACCAACUGAAUGACGGCCAAGAUUUUGCCAAAGAUCUGCUGAAGACACUUUACAACUCCAUCAAGAAUGAAAAGCUGGAAUGGGCCAUUGACGAAGAUGAGCUGAGGAAAUCCCUGUCUGAGCUGGUGGAUGACAAGUUUGGGACAGGAACAAAGAAGGUUACCCGGAUCCUGGAUGGUGGCAACCCCUUCCUGGAUAUCCCACAGGCUCUCAGCGCCACCACCUACAAGCAUGGUGUGCUGACCCGGAAGACUCACGCCGACAUGGAUGGCAAGAGGACACCCCGUGGGAGGCGUGGCUGGAAGAAAUUCUAUGCGGUGCUCAAAGGGACCAUCCUGUACCUGCAGAAGGAUGAGUACCGGCCUGACAAGGCUCUGUCAGAGGGCGACUUGAAGAAUGCCAUUCGUGUGCAUCACGCGCUGGCCACCAAGGCCUCUGACUACAGCAAGAAGUCCAAUGUGCUCAAACUGAAGACAGCAGACUGGAGGGUCUUCCUUUUCCAGGCUCCGAGCAAGGAGGAAAUGCUGUCCUGGAUCCUGAGGAUCAACCUGGUGGCGGCCAUCUUCUCAGCCCCGGCUUUCCCAGCAGCCGUCAGCUCCAUGAAGAAGUUCUGUCGGCCCCUGCUGCCCUCCUGCACCACUCGCCUCUGCCAGGAGGAGCAGCUGCGGUCUCAUGAGAACAAGUUGAGGCAGGUGACUGCAGAGUUGGCAGAGCACAGGUGCCACCCAGUGGAGAGGGGCCUCAAGUCCAAGGAGGCCGAAGAAUACCGGCUGAAAGAGCACUAUCUCACGUUCGAGAAAAGUCGUUAUGAAACCUAUAUUCACCUCCUGGCUGUGAAAAUCAAGGUGGGCUCAGAUGAUCUGGAGCGAAUUGAGGCUCGGCUGGCCAUGCUGGAAGGGGAUGAUCCUUCUCUACGGAAGACACACUCUAGCCCUGCCCUUAGCCAGGGUCAUGGGCCUCUGACUGGAAACAAAGCCACACAGGAUGCUACUGGGUCUGAUACUUAG